GCCACGUCCAUUUCGCGCGGAGUGGCCCGAUUUCAGGGGUACGAUGGGUCCGCGUUAGGGAUAGGAAAGCCGAGUGGCCUCAUGGCCCCGCAGGGAGGCGCCCCCCGACUGGUGCUGCUGUUUAGCGGGAAGAGAAAAUCCGGGAAGGACUUCGUGACCGAGGCGCUGCAGAGCAGACUUGGAGCUGACAUCUGUGCUAUUCUCCGGCUCUCUGGCCCACUCAAGGAGCAGUAUGCUCAGGAGCACAGCCUGGACUUCCAGAGACUUCUGGACGCCAGCACCUACAAGGAGGCUUAUCGGAGCGACAUGAUCCGCUGGGGGGAGGAGAAGCGCCGGGCCGACCCGGGCUUUUUCUGCAGGAAGAUCGUAGAAGGCGUCUCCCAGCCCAUCUGGCUGGUGAGUGACACACGGAGGGUGUCUGACAUCCAGUGGUUCCGGGAGGCCUACGGGGCUGCGAUGCAGACGGUCCGCGUGUUCGCCUCGGAGCAGAGCCGGCAGCAGCGGGGCUGGGUGUUCACGCCAGGGGUGGAUGACGCUGAGUCGGAAUGUGGCCUGGACGACUUUGGGGACUUUGACUGGGUCAUCGAGAACCACGGAGAUGAGCAGCACCUGGAGCAGCAGUUGGCCAACCUGCUGAAAUUCGUCCACUCAAGACUUUAGCUGUCAGGCUCCCGAAGUGAGCUGGGCGUGCUGGGCUGGCACGGGGUUGGCUCUGCAGGACGUGGGGGUCCCCACCCUGACCAAGGUGGGGGAGCAGGCAGGGCCUGUCCAGAUUUCUUGGGGUGAGGGCGGGUGGUUGUCAGGCGAGUUAGAGAACCUUGAGGGAGCUGGCUCUCUGUGGAGAAGGCGCCCGACUUCCCUGCCUCCUCAGGAGGACACUUGGAGGGCGCAGGAGGGAGGAUUCUGUGUGCUUGAAGCAGGAACAUGGCCAUUGCCACGGGAGCCAGGCCUGGUGGCUCUGGUGGCCCCUCCCUGUCUGGAUGUUCUCAGCCCCUUGUUCUGGGCAAGGACCCAGAGCUCCCUGGUGUGCUUACUAAUAAACCUCCUGGGAACACA